CUUAAGUGCAUCAAAACAUCACUUAAAGCUGAAAAACCAAACCAUGACCAUUAGUCCAAAGCUUUUCUCCCUUCUCUUCCUUCAGCUGAUGCUCGUGUCGUCUCUCUCGAAUGUUGCUGAAGCGAAGGGAUUGGAACUCGGGUUUUACCGAUAUAGCUGUCCUGCGGUAGAGUAUAUCAUUGGCAAAACGGUGGCUCAGUAUGUACUGAAACAACCAAGUUUGGCAGCUUCUUUGUUGAGGGUGCACUUCCAUGACUGCUUUGUUAAGGGCUGUGAUGGUUCUGUGUUGCUAAAUUCGACGCCAAACAACCAAGCCGAGAAAGACGCCAUUCCUAACCUUAGCUUAAAAGGGUUGAAUAUCAUUGACGCCGUCAAAGCAGCCGUUGAAAAGCAGUGCCCCGGCGUCGUUUCGUGUGCCGAUGUCGUCGCUUUGGUAGCUCGAGACGCCGUCAGACUGAUUGGAGGGCCAUUGUGGGAAGUUCCCACAGGAAGAAGGGACGGAAGAGUAUCGAUAUCGAGGGAAGCCUUGACGAAUUUGCCCCCUCCUUUCGCCAAUAUCUCUGCCCUAAAAUCAAGUUUCCUUUCCAAAGGUCUCUCCGUCAAGGAUUUGGUUGUUCUGUCCGGAGCGCACACCAUCGGAGUAUCUCACUGCACCUCCUUCUCGAAUCGUCUCUACAAUUUCACAGGCAAGGGCGACGCCGAUCCGAAAUUGGACAAGAACUACGCCGUCUCGUUGAAGAAGAAAUGCAAGCCAGGGGACCAGAAAACGACCGUCGAGAUGGAUCCCGGAAGCGUCAAGACCUUCGAUGUCGAUUACUUCACUCUCGUAUCGAAGAGAAGGGGAUUGUUCCAGUCCGAUUCGGCUCUUCUCGACGAUCCUGACACCAAGGCCUACGUUCAAUUUCAGGCGAUGACGCGCGGCGUUACGUUCGCCGCCGAUUUCGCUCAAUCGAUGCUGAAUAUGGGCCAAAUCGGAGUGCUCACCGGCGCCGACGGCGAAAUUCGGAGGCGUUGUGCUUUUGUGAACUGAUUUUGGAAACGGACGGUUGCAGUUAUUUUUCCGUCGAGUGGUUUUGUUCGUCUGUUCUUAAUUUGCAGCAGAAGAUUUGUGCGUUUGAUUCGGUGUGUGGAUUGGGUUUCAUGUUUUUGCCCUGCAGAAUUUGUCGCGUGGGAAACACGGACGGUCGUGAUUUCAUCUUGCCUUGUAUUGUAACGCAAUCCAAUUAUUAUUAUUUUAUUCAAAUAAGAAAUUCGUUCGAAUGUUUUUUUUCCAA